CAGCCUUGUUGGUGAUUUCAAAAUUUCAUUCACUUUUGUUAUAUUGUAUUACUUAUGAGAAAGUAAUCACAUCCUGUGCUUAUCUUAUAAGAACGGUUUACAAGUUUAAGACGUAGUUUUAAUAAAUGUAUUUUCAUUUUCCGCAGAGAAUAACCUAUAACUAAUAGUCUAUAAAUUCUUUGAAAAAAGGUUUCUAAAAGUAUGCAACAAUUUGUUUAAGUUUUAAGAGGUCCGAGGUUAUUUGUUUACUGCAUACUUUUUGACCCCGUUAUAAGAAAAUUGUAUUUAUUUGUGUGAUACCCGCAUUCUGUGCUUUCAAAGUCAUUUCUUGUGAUUACUGUUUAGAAGUUAAAUUCAAUAAAUAUUUCGCAAAUAUUUACUUAUAAUAAAUUGUGAAUAAUUCCUUGAAAACAGGUGUCUAAAAGUAUGCAACAAAAAAUUUCAAUUUCAAAAUCCGAGGUAAUUUUUGUCUCUGCAUACUUUUCGAUAACGUUAUAAGUGAUUUUAAAAUUGCAUAUAUUUUCGUGAUAACCACAUUCUCUGCUUUAAAAGUCAUCUUUUGAUUAUUUUCCUUAAAAUUUCUUUGGUGACUGCUAUAAAAUUUGUUAGUUUUCGGUUUUCCCGCGUUUUGGAGACCCCAUCCAUCAGACCAUGUGCAAUAGGGACUGCUGCGAGGCCAGGUCGCCGAUCGCCAAGCGAAUGGCGGCCAGGCGACUUUUGCAGCUGGAGGAGGAGGAGCGCCGUAAGCCCAAGCUGGUGAUCCCCACGCCCCAGAGCCUCUUCUACCCCUUCGAAGAAGUCGAGGCCAUGGCUAAGUACAUCAUAGACGUGAGUCACAUCCGUCCAAAGUACGGCUUGAUCUGCGGCAGCUUCUUAAGCGGCAUGAUCUCGCUGGUGGAGCAGCCCGUGGUCAUUCCCUACGAGGAUGUACCCAACUUCCCAGCCGGCAUAGAGCCCGACUGCAGCUUUGUUGUGGGCACGGUCAUGGGUGCACCCAUUAUCGCUUUGGCCAAUCGGUUCCACGUCUGCGAUGGCUUCAACCUGGCCACCUGUUCGCUGCCCGUCCGCGUGAUGCAGUUGUGCGGGGUCAAGACCAUCAUGCUGACCUCCCAGGCAGCCGCUGUGAAUAUGCAAUACCAACUGGGCGACAUAAUGCUGGUCGAGGACCACAUCAAUGUGGUGGGCAUGAUGCACCAGACGGCUCUCGAGGGUCCCAGUGAUUCGCGUUUCGGCAGCCGCAAGUUCUCGAUGGUCAAUGCGUACGAUAGGGAGUUGCUAGAAAAGAGUCUCGAGAUUGGCAGAAGGAUGGGUGUUCAGCAGUUCCUGCACAAGGGCGUCCUGGCCUGCCUGGGCGGUCCUGUGUUCGAGACCCUGGCCGAGGAACGAAUGUUGCGAGCGAUGGAGGUGGAUGCCGUGGGCAUAUCCCUGGUGCCCGAGGUCAUAGUCGCCCAUCAAGGCGGACUGAGAGUCCUGGCCUUUGCGAUCAUCACCAUGGUGGCCAAUGAAAAGGAAAACGAGGAGAACGAGAAGGACAGGGAGAUGGAAACCGAUUUGGAGAACCCCAAAGAGGUAUCCUUGGAGGUUUCACCACUUAGAGUGCAGGCCUGUUCGGAUCUGAUCGGUCGACUGCUCUACCAUAUGCACCAUGAGCUCUGACGAUCGAAAAUAGAUAUUGUUGAAGCCCCCGCCCCGGUUUGCUGUGUUUUUUUUGUAUUUUUUUUUUGGUGCAGCAAGUGUGUUGCCAACGCGGAAAUAGCGACAGGUGCAGCUGUUGCCGCAAUUUUCACAGGGAAGAG